UCUUUCAAUAUUUUGUUGCUAAUAUCGCAUAAAACUAUUCUAUUUUUAGUACGAUCGUGAUUUUGUGUUCCAAGCAAUUCUAUUAAUUUGAAUUCGACGCAGAUGGCGGUCGCGCACGAAACCCCCACUUCACGGCGGCCAUGUUGGCGUGCGGGCGCAUGCGCGACAGGGAGCUGCGCCUUUGCAGUCUGUUCUCGGUCAGUCAGUCGUACGGACGCGCGAUUCACGUUUCACGCGCAGUUUCGGAUGCGUGGACCGAGCGAAAUCGUCGAUGGUCGUACAUUUAACGGUGGGAUUACUGCCCGACAAAGAAACUCCGUUUCGUAUGCGGUCGGCUGGUGGUGUCUCGUGGUGUGACGGUUUCUGCUAAGGUCGCGGUGGCACGUUUCGCUAUGUCGCAAGUGCUUUGGCCGCAAGAGGCGCAGUGACGACUCGCCCGUGUGCCUGCCGACAUCCUCGACGGCCCUGCGAUGGAGUCUAUCAGAAAAUGGUUCUACAGGCCUAAGAGGGACGAUACGAGUCUGCUCGCUCAGUUUUUCUACGCUGACGAGUCUCUGAACGCCGUCGCCUGCGAACUGGACUCCUUCGACGGCCGCCAGGAACCGGAGAGAUGCACCACGCUGGUGAAUCAGCUGCGCCGUUGCCAGGACACGGUGCUGACGAUAUGCAGCCAGAUAAUGGACGACCUGAUUCCAGAGAGCAGGGCGAACCGGGAUUUCAGGGUGAAGUUUCCCGACGAUGUGAUGCAGGAGAAUCUGGCAGGGCAGCUGUGGUUCGGCGCGGAAUGCCUGGCAGCUGGUUCCUCCAUCAUGAACAGGGAGACUGAAAGUUUAGCCAUGAGACCUUUGGCGAAGGCUCUGACAAGGUCCCUGGAUAUCGUCAGGAAUUUGCUCAGAGAGCACGCGCUGAAAGGUCACAUGAACCUGAAGUUGCUUUUUCAGACGCAGAACCCGCUGGACCCAUCGAUGGAGAAAUUAAUCGAGUCGUUGAAGAUCUUCGACCGACUGUUCGCUGAUUUUGAGCUGAUCUACGUCGGCGCCAUGGUACCGGUAAAAUCGACGAAGGAGUACGAGCAGCAGGAACUCGUUUGCGUUUUAUUUUCGGAGACGUUGCAAAGAGCUCUUGAACGCGGACUGCUCAGCCAAGCCGACGUGGAUAAUUACGAGCCAGCUCUGAUGUUUACUAUUCCUCGUUUGGCGAUUGUUUCCGGCCUCUUGGCUCCGCCUGGAGGUCCUUUGUGCCUCAAUUCCCCAGACAACAUUAGUGAAAUGUUUAGACCUUUUAGGACGCUUCUUCUAAAAAUAAGAGAGCUUCUCUGGACGUUGAACAACCGCGAGCUGUACAUGCUGGAGAAACUGUUGUGUUCGAACGAGGAACCGUCGGGUCCUAUCACGCAGUCGUCCAAGUCUGCGUGUCAGGACAUACCAGACCUCGAGGAGUUCGUUCACAAUUUUUAUACCGGUUACCCGAACUGCAAAGACUUCAUCGUAGAUUUUUACACAGUGACGAGGAACACGGGAAAUAACAUGGACGAAGUAGCGAACGACGCCGUUAAAAGUUUAGCCGAGGAAAGCGAGAACGUCGAUCGUUUGGAUGAUAGGCAAGGUGAAACGAGAAUGAUCGUGGAGACUGGGCCUAACCGCCUAAUCGCGUCGACGGACGGUUACGAAGAGAGUGUUAGGUGCAACGGUGGUGCGAGGACAUCCAGUGAACGGGAUAGUGUCUGUGACGAAGUGCAAUACAGCGUGAAGAUGAACGGUUCUUGUGGUUCGAACGACAGCAGACAGCUGUCCUGCGACGAUUGUCCCUACUCGAGAAGAGAAGAGAAUAACGCGAGUCCUGUCUUCCUGGAGCAAGUCAAUACGGCGCAGAACACUGGCGAGAGCAGCGUUUCCAGUUCCAGCGACCAGUGCGCCAACCAUCUGCACAAGCAGCAAGAGGAGUUCAUGACCAGAGACAUAUCCGAGAUGCUGGGCGCCUCGGGCAACAUCGAAAUCCCCCAGACGCAGUACCUGUUGAACCAGGUCUCGCACGAGAACAACGUGACGGGCGAGACGGUCCACAUUCAGAACUCCCUACCGGACCUGGACUCGAAGAAGCUCAUCUCCGAGGCGAACAAGACUCUGUCGAACCUCUUGUUGGACGGAGAUUGUCAGAACGAGAUGUCGGAGCAGACGGACUCGGGGAUCUGCACGGUGAUAUCGUCGGAGAACACGAGCCUGUACGACAAGAGUCCCGAGGAGAAGAAGACCUUCGCCAACGAGAUUCAUCAGGACGAGCAGGUCUUGGACGACGAGGACACGCAAGAGAAUACCAGCUACUCCUGCUCUAACUUUAACUCGCCUAAGAGAAAGAGCUCGACGAUCUCUGAGAACUCGUGCGUUUGUAGCCUGAGAAGCACCAAGACUGUCACGUCCAUGGACCAUUCUAUCGAGGUUCUACACUCGGCCAGCACGGAAGCCGCGAAAAACAUUCCAAGGAUAUCUUCGAACUUUGACGGUACCAACGAGGAGUUCGUGGGGGUCGCGUACGGGAACGGUCACAUAUCCGUCUGCGAUUCCAAUCAGUCGAGCUUCCAGAUUAAUUACACCGAGAACUGGGAGAACCUGAACCUGAACAUCGACGCCUCGACGUCCAGGAAGGAGUUCUGGAGCGACCUGAAGUGCGAGAAUUGUCCGUCUACGUCUCAGAACAUCGGUAAGAUCGGAACAAAGAUCGAGCAGUACGCUCAGGACAAGAUGGCGUCAAGGAAGAUGAGGUACGAGAAACAGAAGCGACGACAUCAGCGCAAACACGAGAGGAACGGUCAGGUAGUCCACCAGGCGAUGCAGGAGACCAGGACGCCGAGUUUUCCUAACGUACGAUCCGCCACGAGCACGGAAAGUUCAAGGUCCAACUCCACGGAUCGUUGCUUGAACCCCAGGCUGAUUAGCUACGGAGCCAGCUUGCAUCCCAGUCAGAACACCAGGCAGAUGCCCAACUUCGGUAGCCACAGUCCUCACGCCAGUCCAAGAUUGCAGCAUUUCGAGACGCGCAGCACACCCGCGUCAGGGCAACGAACCUGCAGCGUCGCGUCGAAAAUGCAGAGAAACCUGUCGCCCCAGAAUAGGAAGCUUUUGGACCACAGGAGAUCGAGAUCGGAGCAGAUGUGUCGAAUGAAGAGGAGGGAUCUCGAAAAGAGAGAGAAACACGAUCGGGUGAACUCACGUUCGGAGCAAACCAAGAGAAAAUUGGGAAGCAGGAGCCCCAAUGAACUGAUGAACGACGGUUUGGGACCAAGGACGGACAAGAGUGGCCUGGUGACCGAGCCAGUUUCACCCGUGAUGUCGCAGAACGUUUCCUACGGGAUGCAGAAUGCAAUAAAAGACAAUAAUAUACAGAGAGCUACGCGAACGAUAAGACUGGUGAACGCGUCGGCGGUUUCUGGAACGCAGUCUUUCAAUUCGGAUCAUACGUUGAUUCAGAAGCCUGAAGUGGGGUCCAGUUCCAGUUGUUCCAGUUGCUGCGACUCGAGCUCAGAGACCAGCGAGUUUCAGAGCGACUGUCAGGACGACGAGGAAAUCGCCCUGGCGAUGCAAGCCGCCGAGAUAGCGAAUAGGAAUCAGAUCCGGGCGAAGUUUCGGUCGUCGGAGGAUCUUGUCCAUCGUCUGUUCGUGUGCAUAGCAGGCGUGGCUGAUCAGUUGCAGACAAACUUCGCCUCGGAUCUGCGCAAUAUUUUGAAGUGCGUGUUUCUUAUGAACAGUAGUCAAACCGUAGAAGACGGGGAGACGAAAGAUGAAAGUGUAACGACGGAUACUCAAUUAGCAAGUCCUUUGAACGAUACGGGUACCGAUAACGAUCAGCAGGAUUCGUUGCAAGAAUACGAAGACGAUUUAGAUGAAACUCCUGCGAUGAAUGACCAAAAUAAUGGUUCUCCUGUAACCGAACGUGGAGAAGAAUGCGUUGAAAGAGCACCAGCCUGGGUUCCCGACAAUGACGCGCCAAGGUGCAUGGCCUGUCAAGCAGGAUUCACCGUGGUGCGACGAAGACAUCAUUGCAGAAACUGCGGCAAGGUGUUCUGCGGUCGUUGCAGCAGCAACAACGUUCCCCUACCUCGUUACGGGCACAUGAAACCCGUGAGGGUGUGCAACAGGUGUUUUCUCUAUCAGGUGACGCCGUUCACCGUUUCCCAAGUAACGCCCGCGAGCUGAACAUUACCAGAACGAGGUAUAACUUACGGAAUAAUUUUUCUUCAAACGGUAACGUUCUUGUUAAUAUUCUCUGAACAUUGAGCCGUGUACCACGCGCGCAGAACAUCCGUUUCUUUCUUCUAAUAGGGAUACAAUGUUUCGAAGUUCGUCGCUUAGAUAAACGUUACGGAAAAAAAAUAUAUAUAUAUAUUUUAAACGUAUAAACUAUGAAUACAGACGUACGGAGUAUAUGGAAAUUCGGUGGUGUUGUAUUCUUCCGAUUUUUAUUCAAAUUGGACUCGUCGAAGGGUUAUAGUCCGCUAGGAAACUCUACAUAUUUGUGCAGCAAACCUAGGGGCGUGUAUAUUUUUUCUUUUAAUCGAUGAGGCUCGAGUUUAAGGCAGUGAAACUACCCAUUUAAUACUUGAAAAGUUAUUGAAAAUAUGGAGAAGCUUGUUAUACGAAUGUUCUCUGUGAUCUUUUACGCGAUCUUUAACGCUUUCGCUGUGAAGUACAAUUAGGAGAAAGUGGUUUAAGAAAUGUUUAUUUUUUUAUGUUCUGAAUUGCUUUUGUUUGUGAUAAGAGACAAAAGGAUCGCAUCAUGCGUGUAUUAUUUUGUUAUUUUUCAUGUUAUCCGUUAACAAUCGAUGAUCAUUAAUAAUAGGUUAUUAAUUUUAAGAAGUACAUUUUUUUUUAUUAGAGAAUCGAUGCCAUAUUAUUUUCAGAAGCAUUCAAAUCGUCGACUUUAGAAGUUAAAAACACUUUAAAAGACAGAACAAAAGACCCUUUUAGGUCUCACAUACUUAGUGUCUCAGAUUAGGUGAUACUAUACAUAUAGACGAAUUCGAAGUGAAACAGUCUAUAUAUAUAUAUAUAUGAUAUUAAACUUUAUGUUGGUAGGUGACGGAUUUGUGAUUACAAAAUAAAUAAGAAUAGUCGAACA